ACGUCGUCCGCUGAGUUCUAGUGAGACAAGAAUGAGAAGCACCGCGGUGUUGUCGCUCUAUACCGCACUACUAUGGACAAACGCAAUACUUCAAGGUACAAGUACAGCGACCUCUAGUGGCGAUUUCGACCAAAAUACAACAACGCAAAGCAGUACAAACCUAGACAAUUACACUUUACUCUACAGCAACACGACCGAGCCACCGACCGCUGCUCAGACAAAUUCAUCCAAAAUACCAGCGAAAACAUCACGAAGUCCAACAGUAUCAACAACGACAGCAAAUAAAACAGCGAUAAACAUGACCCUAAGUACGACAAAACCACUUAGAUCAACUAUGGCAAGUACGAAAGCAUCGACAAAAAGCAAAGUCGACAAAGCAUCAUCGACUGGUUCAGCUGCCGCUAAACCCACAGCUACUUCUACAACAUCAGCAAACUCUCAAAAGCCUUUGACGGUCAGAUCAGGAGGAACGUGUGAGUUGUACAAUGGUGGUAGCAUUUGCCAGCCUUAUAGAGCAAACGAGACCGUUUUCGUCGACCCCGACCCUCAAUACUCGCAAGACAAAAUGACAGUAUUCCUACGUUAUUUGCUCGACCAGUUGAGUUCUAGUGCUCUGAGUUCGAGUCCGGAAUGGUCACCGUGUUAUGGUCAAAUACUCGAAGGAUUAUGUCGUUACUUCUUCCCAAACUGCUCAACCACGUCGUCAGGUACAAUUCAGAGAGCACUCAUCUGCAGAGAGAGCUGCGACGAAGUGUUUCUAGACCAGAGCCGUCCGUGUACCAACGUCUUCCUUAAGGCCGCAGGAGCGUCCAUCUUCUUUGCACGAAGUAAAAACUUCCUACCAGCUCACGUCGACUCGCGCGAGUUUGGAUGUUUAAGUGAAGUACUUCCAAGCCAAAAAGAAUCCAACUAUACUUGCAUGGCAGUGCUUGCCUUGUCAGAGUCUCAAACGGUUGUAGCAACCACCGAAAAGUCUAACGUUAUAACUACAUGUGGUGGUACCGCACCGCCGGGCUCACAUUGCGUCUUCCCUUUCCUCUACCGUGGGAUCACUUACACCGAAUGCACCACAGUUAACAGCUACCAAACGUGGAAACCAUGGUGUUCGACAGAACCCGGAGAUUAUGAUCUGCUCAGACAAUGGGGAAUGUGCGAUUGCUCCGAUGAUAUCAUGGGAGUACCAGACGGUAGGUGUGAGAUACACAAAGGUGGAAGCGUGUGUGAUUCCUUUAGAAAAGGACAAUCGGUAUUCGUCGAUUCGAGAUACAAUCAGAGCUACCUCGACCGGAUUGCGCUGCAACCAAUCAAUUCCUCUUUGUGGAAAGUGACGGACAACGAAGCUUGUCGAUCCAAAGCUCUCAGCGUACUCUGCCACAUCGUGUACCCCGACUGUGUAGCAGUCCCAAACGUCGGCGCAUUUCCUGCGUUUUUAUGUAAAGAAACGUGUCUUGAUUUGAUAUCAACAUUGAGCAGCUGCAGUCAACCAAUUCUAAACUUUCUGAACAUCUUCACGUCAGUGUUUAUGGAAAAUAAACUCAAUCCAGUACACGUGUACGUGGCCGUGCCUGAAUGUGGCACUCUACUGACUGAGGAAGAGGCAAACGGAACAUGCAUGCAAAUUGAUAGCAGUGGCAGCUCUGUCUCCAAUCCAAAGAGUGAAGACUCGUCUGGCACCAACACCGCUGUAAUCGUAUAUAUAGUGGUUCCUAUUCUAGCAGGAAUCACUCUUCUAGUUCUCAUGAUCUUGCUUAUCUGCUACAAAAAGAGAUCAUAUAAAAAAAGUACAUUGUCCGUAAACUCUGGCUAUGUUGCAGCUACAGAAAUCUUGUCAUUCGAAAAAUUUGAAAAAAGCGCGACGAACAAGCGACCAAACAAAGUUUCUGUCCAAGAGUUGCUUCUCAUGCGCUCAUCACAGUUUAAUUCAGGAGAAUAUGAUUGUUCAAAUAUACCAGAUUUCCCUAUUGAUAAAAUCAAAUACGUAAAGAAUCUUGGUGAGGGAGCCUUCGGCCAGGUUUUCAUGGGAAUGGCAGACCUAGACUGUUCGGGUAGAGAGAUUCCUAUUGCUGCUAAAGUUCUGAAACAGGGAAGUGGUGAAGAAGUGAGAGAAGACUUCGAGAAGGAAUUGUACAUCAUGUCACAACUAAAUCACCGAAACAUUCUGCAACUGCUGGCUAAGUACAUCGCAGAAGAGCCGUUUUGCAUGAUAUUCGAGUUUAUGGAGCUUGGCGACUUGAACAAUUUCAUAAGACUGUCAAAAAUAGGAAAAACCAGACAUCUGCCAGAUGACAGUAUGUCACAGCUUGGUCAAGACACUUCUAGUGAAUUCAAACCAUUCACUGUGACAGUUGCUGACAUGUGCAAUGCAAUUAAACAGGUAUGUUGUGGAUUGGCAUACUUGAGCAAACGCAGAUUUGUUCAUCGAGAUAUAGCAACCAGAAAUUGCUUGGUGGGAAAAGAUCUAGUGACAAAGAUAGCAGACUUUGGACUUUCUCACAGUGUAUACACUACAGAUUACUAUCGGGCAACAGGAGGCUCUCUGUUACCUAUUCGAUGGAUGGCUCCAGAAAGCAUUAUCUAUGGUGUGUUCACCGAAAAGUCUGACGUAUGGUCAUUUGGAGUAUUGAUGUGGGAAAUAUUUACUCUUGGAAAGCAGCCGUAUUAUGGAUGGUCUAAUGAAGAUGUGAUCACUCGAGUUAGAAAUGGCACAACUCUGCCCUCACCUGAUGACUUUUGCCCUGCUGACAUGUGCUCAUUCAUGAAGCAAUGUUGGAUCCAAGACCCACAACAGCGACCAGAUGCGCAAAGUUUAUUGGAAAGUUUGGAAGCAAUGAAACAAACUGAAUAAUAAACAACAAACUUGUUUCUUACAUAAAUAAAGACGUUUGUCAGACAAUCAAGUACUGGUAUUUAGACGUUUCACCUGGCAACGUGACGUGUUUCAAUGUAUACAAAUAGAAUAUCCAUGCUACCACUGAGUCAAUCAGUUUCAAAUAUUCAAUAUAUGUUAUGUUCUCAAUAAACCGAUUAAAUAUGGCGUUGUGAAAGGUGAUUAUG